CUUCAACCACUGCGAGGUGAAGCUUUAAACUUCAGACUUGGAGGUGGGCUGUGUGCAGUAAACUGGAAGGCUCUCCUUCGCUCACUCCUCAGUGUAGGAGUGAUCUGAAGCAGGACAAGCUCAGCCUGCAGCUGCCGUGGGCUUUGUGUGGACUGGACGCAGAGCUUAGGAGACGGGGGAGGGCUAUAACUCCAAUUCACAGUCAAUGGAAUUACAGCUAUAGCGGCAGUGUAUAUAGGAUUGCUUUUUCUCGUCUUCCUGUUACCGUGGCAACUUUGAAGAGAAAACCCACAGACCACAUUUGGUUAAACACCAUUUUUAAAGUGUGCCACUGGACUGUGGAUUGAUCAGUUUACGUGUUGUUGAUUUUCUUCCUCUUCAUCUGGUUUAAGUAAUACCCUACUUGGCCGUGAAAAAAACAAUGUAUUUUAUGAUUUCAGAUGGUCUCACCGGAGAUGCUCAGUCCCAGUAUAUUUUAAGGAAGAGAAAUAUAAAGAAAAUUUAGUAUGCAUCCUUUUCUUUCCAUGAAGAAUAUUUGAAUUAAGUAUCCUUUACUUCUUAAAAGAGAAUAUCUGUUCUUGUAUAACGUGACUGCACCAGACAUUCUGAAAAAUCAGCAAGAAGCAAAACCUGGAAAUAGCUAUUUCACAGCAGGUAAUCAUACCUCAGGAUGUAGCUACUGUACAAAGUUUAUACUUGGAUAAUCCUGGAUGGGAAUAAAGGUAGGGGGUAACUGCCUGAAAAACCUAUUACUAUACAGGCCUUAGCAUCAUGAAUGGCUUUCUUCAUGAGGAUCUGAAGUUACUAUCUCUGACCACAUUGCACAGAAGAGCCAAUAAGAAUUUCAAAGAGGGCAAUUUCCACUAAGGGAAUUAAGCUACACAAAAGGAACCUUCACACAGAAACUAUCAGAAAGAAAAAAAAAUACAUAGGAAGCCAUGUGUCCUACAUAGUAACAGGAAGCAAAAUUGUUUCUGGCCCCCACUUUAAUAAGCUUGCCCACCAUGCUGAACUGCAGCUGGAAUGUUCAUUGACAACAGCGAGCCUGAUCUGGAGGUGUGUGCGGCAUAGGAUUACUUGAAUAAACGGUGAAGAACAUUUCCAAGGACAAAACAAAAGUUUGUUAAGUCCCAGCCCCUCACCAGGAAAAUAAUAUAUGUGCAUUGGAUAUUCACCCCCGCAAAAUUUACUCACAUCGUUCAAUAAGGGUUCUGAGGUAACAGAAGCUACGCUGUGUAACAACCUCAACACUGCUGACCAUGAUCAGCCCAGCCUGGAGCAUCUUCCUCAUCUGGACUAAAAUUGGGCUGUUCCUUCAAGUAGCACCUCUAUCAGUUAUGGCUAAAUCCUGUCCAUCUGUGUGUCGCUGCGAUGCGGGUUUCAUUUACUGUAAUGAUCGCUUUCUGACAUCCAUUCCAACAGGAAUACCAGAGGAUGCUACAACUCUCUACCUUCAGAACAACCAAAUAAAUAAUGCUGGGAUUCCUUCAGAUUUGAAAAACUUGCUGAAAGUAGAAAGAAUAUACCUAUACCACAACAGUUUAGAUGAAUUUCCUACCAACCUCCCAAAGUAUGUAAAAGAGUUACAUUUGCAAGAAAAUAACAUAAGGACUAUCACUUACGAUUCACUUUCAAAAAUUCCCUAUCUGGAAGAAUUACAUUUAGAUGACAACUCUGUCUCUGCGGUUAGUAUAGAAGAGGGAGCAUUCCGAGACAGCAACUAUCUCCGACUGCUUUUCCUGUCUCGUAACCACCUUAGCACAAUUCCCUGGGGUUUGCCCAGAACUAUAGAAGAACUACGCUUGGAUGAUAAUCGCAUAUCCACUAUUUCAUCACCAUCUCUUCAAGGUCUCACUAGUCUAAAACGCCUGGUUUUAGAUGGAAACCUGUUGAACAAUCAUGGUUUAGGUGACAAGGUUUUCUUCAAUCUAGUUAACUUAACAGAGUUGUCCCUGGUACGGAAUUCUCUGACUGCUGCACCAGUAAACCUUCCAGGCACAAACCUGAGGAAGCUUUAUCUUCAAGAUAACCACAUCAAUCGGGUGCCCCCAAAUGCUUUUUCUUAUCUAAGGCAGCUGUAUCGACUGGAUAUGUCCAAUAAUAACCUAAGUAAUUUACCUCAGGGUAUCUUUGAUGAUUUGGACAAUAUAACCCAACUGAUUCUUCGCAACAAUCCCUGGUAUUGUGGGUGCAAGAUGAAAUGGGUACGUGACUGGUUACAGUCACUACCUGUGAAGGUCAAUGUGCGUGGGCUCAUGUGCCAAGCCCCAGAAAAAGUUCGUGGGAUGGCUAUUAAGGAUCUCAAUGCAGAACUGUUUGAUUGUAAGGACAGUGGGAUUGUCAGCACCAUUCAGAUAACCACUGCAAUACCCAACACAGUGUAUCCUGCCCAAGGACAGUGGCCAGCUCCAGUGACCAAACAACCAGAUAUUAAGAACCCCAGGCUCACUAAGGAUCAGCAAACCACAGGGAGUCCCUCAAGAAAAACAAUUACAAUUACUGUGAAGUCUGUCACCUCUGACACAAUUCAUAUCUCUUGGAAACUUGCUCUACCUAUGACUGCUUUGAGGCUCAGCUGGCUUAAACUGGGCCAUAGCCCAGCAUUUGGAUCUAUAACAGAAACAAUUGUAACAGGGGAACGCAGUGAGUACUUGGUCACAGCCCUGGAGCCUGAUUCACCCUAUAAAGUAUGCAUGGUUCCCAUGGAAACCAGUAACCUCUACCUAUUUGAUGAAACUCCUGUUUGUAUUGAGACUGAAACUGCACCCCUUCGAAUGUACAACCCUACAACCACCCUCAAUCGUGAGCAAGAGAAAGAACCUUACAAAAACCCCAAUUUACCUUUGGCUGCCAUUAUUGGUGGGGCUGUGGCCCUGGUUACCAUUGCCCUUCUUGCUUUAGUGUGUUGGUAUGUGCAUAGGAAUGGAUCGCUCUUCUCAAGGAACUGUGCAUACAGCAAAGGGAGGAGAAGAAAGGAUGACUAUGCAGAAGCUGGCACUAAGAAGGACAACUCUAUCCUGGAAAUCAGGGAGACUUCUUUUCAGAUGCUACCAAUAAGCAAUGAACCCAUCUCGAAGGAGGAGUUUGUAAUACACACCAUAUUUCCUCCUAAUGGAAUGAAUCUGUACAAAAACAAUCACAGUGAAAGCAGUAGUAACCGAAGCUACAGAGACAGUGGCAUUCCAGACUCAGAUCACUCGCACUCAUGAUGCUGAAGGACUUGCAGCAGACUUGUGUUUCGGGUUUUUUAAACCUAAGGGAGGUGAUAGUAGGAACCCUGUUCUACUGCAAAACACUGGAAAAAGAGACUGAAAAAAAGCAAUGUACUGUACAUUUGCCAUAUAAUUUAUAUUUAAGAACUUUUUAUUAAAAGUUUCAAAUUUCAGGUUACUGCUGCGAUUGAUGUAGUGGAGAUGCCUGAACACAAUUCUAUAUUUUAGUAUUUUUUAGUAAUUUGUACUGUAUUUUCCUUGCAAAUAUUGGAGUUAUAAACCAUUUACUUUGUGUUCUACUGAGUAAGAUGACUUGUUGACUGUGAAAGUGAAUUUUCUUGCUGUGUUGAACAAUCAGGACUGCAUCCACAUGAGAUCCUUGUAGUAUAAGCACAGGCCAUUUUUCACUUUGGUAUUAAUAAAAUGUAAAAAAAAACUGGCUGAAUGGCUGAAUAAGAAAAAAUUUAAUUUUAAAAAAUGGUUAUGAAAUAAUGUUCCAAUUAUUAAAUUUGUAUUAUCCCAGUGGUAUUCAAUAAAUCAAAAUGUGUGAAGUAAUGGGCAAUAUGAAACUUGCUGCAUAUCUCCAUUUUUUCUCUAGGCAAAUUAAUUAUCCUUAAGAAAGUUAAGCAUAUCUUCUGAACUGAAUACAUCAGCUGGCAUAAAAGGAGUGUGAAGUCUGUUGUUAAAGCCAUUGUCAGCAAAGCUUUGAAAAUAAAAGACUUCACAAAAACAGUAAUGUAAAUGUGCUUCCAAGUUAGGGGGGAAAUGUGCACUUAGGAAAACAUGAAAACAGGCUGUCUAGUGUAAUGGACGCAAUACCAAAACUGCAUUUUGGUUUUGCCUAUACCAGCCUGAUUUUUGAAAAGUGAAUGAUAAACACAAAAUUGCUAGUGUUUAUGAUGUUUUUAUGAUAAAGGAUGUCAUAGAAAUUUUAUGCAUAUUAAAAAUGUAGUGUAAUUAUAAGCAAUUCCCCUCAACGAUCCAGAGAAAGUAGUACUUUAAAUAAGGAUUUAAAGAAAAAUAAAUAGUAGAAGUCAAAUUUAGAUCUGGUUUAUGUCAAAUGUUUUAACACUGUACAUAAAUGUUCAAUUUACUUUCAUAAAGAUCAAGAAUACUGCCCAUUACUGUCACAGUUUUCCAGAUACUACAGAAUGAACUUGUAAUGUAACAUUUCCUUCUAGCUUCCUACUGAAUUGUGAGCUAUUACUUGUUGAAAAACCAUGUCACUUUUCUGUUGCCAUGAUUUUUUUUUUUUUUCAACAAAAAAACCAAAGUGCAUUGUACGCCCUUUGGCCAGUCUUGUAUGUGCCUUGAUCCAACGCUACAUGUAUUCAGCUUUUAAAACUCGACAAAUUUUUCAUACUCCUUAAAUAUGAAAAAUUAUGGUCUUAUUGCUGAAUAAAACUUUUAAAAAGUACAGAAUAAUUGUGCUUGCUUUUUCAGGAUUGUGUUACUAUCCCUAAGUAGCAAACUGCCCAGCACAUUAGUCCUAAACGUCCCAUGUAUUUUUCUAGGCAUAAAAAUAAAAGUUGGCUAAAAAUUUUAAAAAAUCAA